CGAGGGCCGAGGAGAAGAAAUGGCUGAUGCUCAGAUCUCGUUGUGUGGAAGCCAAACCUGGUCCUCUUUUUGGAGCAAGAGAAGGAGCUCUGGGAUAUGAAGAGAAAGAAGAGAGUAGCCUUCCACCCAGGUCUUCUCAUGACACCUGGGAUUUUUACAAAAAACAGUCAACGAAAAUGUAUUCCAUAACCUGCUACUGGGAAGACAGUGGAAGCUGCAUCUUUGAGAUCACAGUUAAUGAAAGACUGAGAAGGAGGGCAGAAACAGUGUUAUAAUGGAUAUAACUAAACCAGGACCAUUACCCUUAAUCGAAUCCUUCCUGCCAGAAGAAAUAGAGAGUAGAAAACAUUUUGGGGAAAAUCCCGCUUUAAGACCAUUAUGUUUGCAGAACUCUGAAUACAAAGCCUCAGCUCCUUUUUUUAUACAUACGUUUUCUCUGAAAACAAAAGCAGACAUUCUGGAAAAUUACCUAUUCCAUGCUGCAAGUAAUGAUUUGAACCAUUUCAAAUAUAGGAGGUAUUAAUUAUUCAAAGGUUUCUAUAAAUUAGAAAUUUGAAGACUAAAAGUCUAAUAAUCGAUUUCAGAAUUCCCUUCCGGAGGGUUCUGAUUCUUCUACCAACAAAUAGUCUGUCCUAUUCCAGAGUCCCUAAUUUUGAUACAUUUGGAGUGUCUUUAUCCAACCGUCACUGUUCAAUAGAUACCACAUAAUACAUAAUGUGGAGCAGCAUUUUGUGUGUGAUGAACUUUGGCUGGCCUUUUGUGAGGACUUGAUCUUCAAUAAUUACCAAGGUGUUUAUAAUGGAGAAAAAAUUUAUGAAUGUGAUAAAUACGGAAAUAAACAUUAACAAGGGUAAAUCCUAAUAAACUUUAAAGAACUCCGUUUCCAGAUACCAGUAUAUAAAACAAAUGCAUGUUGGAAAGUCUUCUAUCAAGCUUUAACCUUUUUAUAUGUCGUCAUAUCCUUCCUGAAGAGAUGAUUUACUAAUGUAGUAAAUGUGUCAGAGCUUUAAAGCAGUUCAAAACUCAACAGCAUAGACUUCAUACUGAGAAGAAACCUUACAUGUGUAAGGAAUAUGGCAAAGCCUUUACCCAGCAUUCAAGACUUCCUGGACAUCAGAGAAUCAGAUACUGGGGAGAAACCUCAAAAAUGAAAUGAAUGUGACAAAGCCUUUUACUGGCACACAAAACUUUCUAAACAUCAGAGAAUACAUACUGGGAAGAAAUCUUACAAAUGUAAACAAUUUGGUGAAACCUUUAAGCAUUGCUUAAAACUUCUUUGACAUCAGAGUAUACAUAUGUAGGAGAAUCCCAACCCCUGCAUUGUACCAGAAUCAACUGUACUUAUGAAUGCAAUGGGAUCGCCUAAGAGGUAUUACGUCUUCCCAGUAGAAUUAAGCCUCAAAUGAUUUGAGAUUAUCUUUUCCAAAUUUAUAUAUUGUAUAUUUUCCUUCCUUUUGUAACUACUGGGACCUUAUGACUGCUAUAAUGCAGAUGAUAUAGAAGUAUUAUCGAGAGGGGUGCCUAGAUGGCAGUCAGUUAGGCCUCCAGCUCUUGAUUUCAGCUCAGGUUCAUGAGAUCGAGCCCUGUGUCAGACUCUACACUCAGUGCCCAGUCUGCUUGAGAUUUUCUCUCCCUCUCCCUCUAUCCCUCUUGCUUGUGCUCUCUGUCAAAUAAAUAAUAAAGUGAAUCAUUAAAAAGUAUAAUAAUGUAGCUAUCUCACUUUUUGGUAUUGCUGCCUUGGACCCCGUUUGAUAUAACUAGGCUGUUUGCAGGAGGUUUGAACUGACUUGCUCCUCCUGAUAGCGAGUAUAUUCGGUAACAGUCCUCACAGUUACAAGCUAGUGUAAGUUCCUGAUAUGACAACCCCAGCAGUCCUUGUAAACAACAAUCUCCAUUCCCAGUAUAUUUCCCUUGUGCAUUCUGUAGAGAAGACCCCUACAGAGGUUAUCAUACUCCACAUAUUUUGGUUUGAAUUGUGCCUUCUAGACUUGCCCAUGAAGUGCAAGGUGUGCCAACCAUGGACCCUAAUAAAUGUAUCUGCCCCAGUUCCUGCCUCUUUAUCUGCCUGCACUCCUUGACUCCAUCAUGUACUUGUCAAGGCAUAUUGUGUACAUCCUCUAGGAUCUAUGAGUAAUGAACUUGGCUAUUUCAUUUUCCUUGGUGUCCUUUUAUUGAAACUUGACUCACCACAAAAGCCCAGGGACUCUACAAAUGCUAGUGUAACGGGCGCCCGGGUGGCUCAGUCAUUGAGCGUCUGCCUUCGACUCAGGUCAUGAUCCCAGGGCCCUGGGAUCGAGUCCCGCAUCAGGCUCCCUGCUCCGCGGGAAGCCUGCUUCUCCCUCUCCCACUCCCCCUGCUUGUAUUCCCUCUCUCGCUGUGUGUCUCUCUCUCUGUCAAAUAAAUAAAUAAAAUCUUUAAAAAAAAAAAAAAGGCGCUCGGGGUGCCUGGGUGGCUCAGUCGUUGAGCGUCUGCCUUCAGCUCAGGUCAUGAUCUCGGGGUCCUGGGAUCGAGCCCCGCAUCGGGCUCCCUGCUCCACGGGAAGCCUGCUUCCCUCUCUCCCACUCCCCCUGUUUGUGUUCCCUCUCUCGCUGUUUCUCUCUCUGUCAAAUAAAUAAAAUCUUAAAAAAAAAAAAAUGCUAGUGUAACAAAGUCACUAGAAAUAUACUUAAUAAGCCAUACCUGCAGAAUUGUAAAUCACCAUUUAUAAAGUUUUAUUCUAUACUAUUCUUUGUUCAUGAGGUUUUUUUUGCGUGUCCUGAGCAAAAAAGAUUCCCAUGGCUUUGGUAUGCAUGGAAUGCAAAUUGUAAAUACACAGAGCUUAAGAUAUAAUUUAGGUGUAAAAGAACUAAGGAAAAUGUUUGUGUUUGUAUGUGUAUCAACAUUUAACUAUUAGUAGACUACUGUUGACCAGAAACCUUACUGAGAACAUAAACAGUUUGAUCACAUAUUUGGAAUGUUAUUAGUAAAACCAUGGGGCCACAACUCUCUGAUCACAAAAGAUGAACAAAACUGCUUGUUCAAUGCUGGUAAUCUGUAUUUUGACCUAGGAUCAUACAGUGGUUUUGCAGUAGCUUAUUUAGACCAUGUUUGAACUUACUUAAUUAAUGAAACUCAAUGUUUUGUGUGUGCAUGUUAAUACUAAUGUGUGGUGAAUGAUAUGUUAUCCUUGCACUAAUUUUAAUCUACUCCACAUUAAACAAAGUUGUACGUAAAGAGACUAACUAUAAUGUAUUGUUGAACCUUGAACACCAUGGGAUUGAACUGUGCAUGUCCACUUACAUGUACAUAUUUUUUAUAGUACACUACUGUAAGUGUAUUUUCCCUUUUUUUUUUUAAAGAUUUUAUUUAUUUGAGAGAGAGAAGGAGGGAGAGCACGAAUUGGCGGAAGGGCAGAGGGAGAGAGAAAGGGAGAUGCAGACUCCCCACCAAGGGCAAAGCUCCAUACCAGGCUUGAUCCCGGGACUCUGAGAUGGUGACCUGAGCUGAAGUCAGACGCCUAAACAACUGAGCCACCUAGUCGUCCCUCCUCAUGAUUUUCUUAGUAGCAUUUUCUUUUCCCUACCUUCGGAGAAGUCAGAUCCUGUCUUCAUGAUUUCAUAAAUUCCUAUGUAGUAUUGAGGACAGAUGCUGUUGGAUGAUAGAGAUUCCUGUACUUUUCAGGCCAAAACCCAUGGGAGUGGAAGGAGAGGGGUUGGUGGAAGAUGCAAAUGUUGUGGCCAUACCCUUCAAAUGUCACAUGGCAGAGUAGUUGUUGGAAAUGUAGAAGCCUUGUGGACACUGGAAGUAUCAGGAAGGUGUGUGCUGUCAUUUUUCAAAGCACUAGAAUCUUAGGUAUAUAAGCCCAACGUCAGUCUGGUCCACUGUAGAUGGAUGUCAUUGCAGUGAAGCUGAUCCACAGCUGGUAGGAAACUCGGUUCUGCUUGAGCCCCAUGUCAACUGUUAUUCUUUGAGGUCUGUUCAAGGCACUGAUUAGUUGGGGGACAGUUCACCAGUCAGAGAGAGUGAGCAUUUCUGCCUCAAAACAGUCCACGUACUUUUUAAAAAUAGAUGUUCCUAUGUUCACUCACAGCUCAUGCUGCAUUUUUAACCAUCCUAUGGGCAGCAUGAAAGAGGGUUUCUGUCCGUUGUGAAAACUGAUACCAUGAAGUUGGGUAGUAGUAGGUUGUGCUCACAUUUAACAUUGGUACAAGUGAAGCAUAAUGAUGCUUUUUUGGGUAGCUGUUGUUUGUGUUCAGCUACACCAUGAAAAGGCAGAUGUGUCCUUAUAGAAAAGAAGAUGUAUAUUGUGUAUUAUGUAUGUAAUGAGUAGGUGGAUGCUCAUGUCUGAUAAAAUGGCUCAUACACACUAUGGUAUACUCUACUUGUUCCAUUUCUUCUCUCUGCUAUUGUCUAGCAGCAGACAUCGUGGUAACACUUGUUGUCAUGGCCAAAGACGCUUGCCCCACCUUCAGGCAUCAAACCAUGUUCCAUGCAUCAAGGAGGUGGUGGUAAUCUGCUAGGACUCAGGGAAUUUGUUUUAGAACCACUCCUUUCUCUCUCAGAGCAGGCCAACCUCUUUCAGGUGCUUCUCUCUUCAUCUCACUGACCAGAACGCUGUCAUGAGGCCACUCUGAGUAACCACAUAUCUGUACACAGGUGGACGUGUGAGCUUGUUGGGAAUGGCCAGCGUUACCUGAAUGGUUUCAAGGCAUCUGAUACAAAGGACAUGCCUUGCACUAGAAUCAGAUGUUAUGAAAAGGCCCUGAAAUCUAGAGUGUGCCUACUGAGAUUCACAAUAAUUUUAUCAUAUAUGGAAAUAAAGUGCUGAUUCUUCAGAGGUGAGCAUGAGGAGCUUUUUAUUUUAUUUUAUUUUUUUAAAGAUUUUAUUUAUUUAUUUGAGAGAGAAUGAGAUAGAGAGAGAGAGCACAUGAGAGGGUGGAGGGUCAGAGGGAGAAGCAGACUCCCUGCUGAGCAGGGAGCCUGAUGCGGGACUCGAUCCCGGGACUCCAGGAUCAUGACCUGAGCCGAAGGCAGUCACUUAACCAACUGAGCCACCCAGGCGCCCCAAUGAGGAGCUUUUUAGUCUGUAGUCAUUUAUGUUCUCAUAGUAGAAAUCAUCAAAUGCAGAUUCAUAGAAUUCUAUAUUCGACUCCAUUAUAAAUUAUAACAUCUGUUUUUGGCUAUAUGUAUUUCUAUCCUAUUUCAUAUCAUAUAUAUACAUAUACAUUGAUAUAUGUAUACAUAUCUUAUUAUCUUAGUUCAUCUUAUUUGAUGAAAUAUUUGAAUAAAUUCCAAUUCAUUCUAAGUUGGAUUAUUUUGAUGAAAGAGUGUGAUGAGAAGUGUAUUCAUGGGUGAUCCCAGGAAGCUGGAGGAGGGCACUGAAGGAAGUGACAUGUGGAAGAUGAGGUAGCCAAGACAGACUAUGUUACGGUACUAUUUAUUUAUGAAUACGGUAAAUGUCUAGGUUGUGUGUAUGUGUCACAUAAGUAACAUCACCACAGAGAGAAUAUCUAAGAGUGACUAUCUGCAUUAUUCAGGAAUGAUCUUUGACUUAGUUACUGUAGAGGCUAUCAAAUUUAUUUUGCAUCAGAACGACCUGGACCACUUGUAAAAUCUCAGAUUUCCAGGCCUCUUCCCAUGUUACCAUUUCAUUAUUUCUGGGCUGGGCUGUAGUCCCCCCAAUUUUCCGUUCUUAAAGUUCUCAGGUUAUGCCAAUGAGGCCUGUUUGGGGAACCUGCUUUGAGCAUGACACUCUGGGGGCAUCUUUAUGGUUGGCCUCUUCAAUGAAGUUGUUAGCCCAUGAAGAAUGCAGUCAGAUAUACAGAUGGUCAUGAAUUGUUUUAGGUAGACUGUGGUCUUGGUUCUCCAGAUGUGAAAGUGGGUCAUGUGUAGGCUGGACUUCUGUGUUUAAACUCUGGAAGCUGGACCUGUGUACCUGGUCUUCAGUGCUCAGUUAAAUACCCAUUCAGGGUAUAUGUAGGUGUCCAGGGCUGGAUCUUACACUCUUAAGUCUUAGACCAUGGAGGCUGUUCUGUGUGAAGAUUUCUGGAUGAAGCAUUGCUUGUCAGACAGAGGAGAUAAUCCAAGAACAGGUCUUCUGGAAGGGCCUCUUGUUGCUGUAGGUACAGGUUCAAAUGUUGACUCUACCAAUAUUAUAUGAUCAUUAAUCCUUUUUUUUAAUUAAACUAUUUUCAUCAGUUAUAAGAAAAAAAACAACCUAUUUCUGUUCUAUGAAGAGAAAAACCCAGUUCUUCCCUAAUGUGUUUCUCUGCUCUGUGUCCCUCUUAGUACAUAGAGCACUUCUGACACUUCUGGUCACAAAUACAUAGUGGAGGUGCUUUCCCCAGAACAAAAAGCAAGUCUCCAAUACCAUCUGGAUGUCUUACGAUUUAACUUAAUUUGAACACUAUUUACCGAGGUAUCUUCAGGUCCCACAGUUAAGGGUUCAGUUCCACAGGACUGCCCUCCCGCCUUACGUAAUAUUUGCAGGCACUAUUCACGAGCUCAGGCUAUUACCCGUAUUUGUGAAUGACUGGGUAUAGUUUAGAGAUUCCAAUAAUGUAUUCCUUGGGUUCAAUUAGUUUGCUAGAAGGGCUUGUAAACCUCAGGGAAACACGUUUACCAGCUAGUUAACCAUAAAGGUGGGCACCUGGGUGGCUCAGUCAGUUAAGCGUCUGCCUUCAGCUCAGGUCAUGAUCCCAAGGUCCUGGGAUCGUGUCUCGCAUCAGGCUCCCUGCAGGAGUUCUACCUCUUAUGUCGUCAUUAUUUCCCUUUACUGCAUGGGAACCAGGACAAGUUUGAGAGGUUUUUCUCGGUCAUCUGAAUGUAGCCAAGUAUUGUUCCUUUCUCUUGGUGUUAUCCUAGACACCUUGGCAGUUUUUGGUUUGAAACAUUUUCUCCAUGAUUUUGGAUGCGGAUGUAUUUUUAGUUCCACAUAGUGUCCAGAGGUGUGUCCUUUGGCAACUCUGGCUCCUUGUCUUCCAGGCCAUCACCAUCAGUCCCAGAACCCCAGGUGGGCAAAGCAUUAAGGAACAAACAGUCUCGCAUUCCAUUAGCCCUUCCAGUGUCCUCUGCUGGAAUCUAUAGGAGCUGCUAAAUAUCACCAUUACCAUGUUUGUGUGUUACAAGAAGAUCAAUAAAUACAUCACAAAUGCUGUAGAUAAUUGGCACCUGUUCUGCUAUAUUUUGUGAUAAACACGUGUAGACUUUAUGCAGCAUUCAGAUGUACCUCCGGUGUUUUUUGUGUAGGAUUCAUUAUGGCUGUCAUUCUGUGCAAACACAAGCGUAGGGGCCAACAUGUUCAUAGGAACAGUAUCACACCUAGAUCGUCCCCUGAGCUAACACCUACUACAUUUCUGUCCUGGAAAGCACCUUUGUAACUUUUUUUUUGAUUUUUUUUUUUUAAUUUAUUUAUUUGAGACAGAGAGAGAGUAGGAGCUGUGGGGAGAGGCAGAGGGAGAGGGAGAAGCAGACUCCCCACUGAGCAGGGAGCCCAACAUGGGGCUCGAUCCCAGGACCCUGAGAUCAUGACCUGAGCCGAAGGCAGACGCUUAACGACUGAGCCACCCAGGUGCCCCCACCUUUGUAACUUUUUAUACCCUCUCUGCCGUCAUUGUAAUGUUUCUCUUCUUCAUCAGACCACCUGGUAGCAAGUGAACAACUUGGCCUUGAUGGAUGUAUAUUUCCCAACUGCCAGGCACCUUUAUUCUCUUGGGUGAUGACCACUGUAUAUCCAGGUCCUUCUCUGUAUCCUGGAGGAAUUCCAAGACUUCCUCAUCUCAUGAGAAAAUGUAGUCUGUUUUUGUCUAUGUCAGUCAUUUCUAUAUUCAUGUCUCACAGGGUGUUAUGUACAAUUACAAGCCAGUCACAUUGUAGGUAAAAUUGUGAAUAAAAUAGAAAAUCUGUUUCAGGGGCGCCUGGGGGGCUCAGUCGGUGAAGCGUCUGCCUUCGGCUCAGGUCAUGGUCCCAGGGUCCUGGGAUCGAGUCCCACAUUGGGAUCCCUGCUCCACGGGAAGCCUGCUUCUCCCUCUCCCACUCCUCCUGCUUGUGUUCCCUCUCUCACUGUGUCUCUCUGUCAAAUAAAUAAAUGAAAUCUUUAAAAAAUAAAAUAAAAUAAAAUAAAUAAAAUAAAUGUUUUUUGGGGCGCCUGGGUGGCUCAGUCAUUAAGCGUCUGCCUUCAGCUCAGGUCAUGAUCCCAGGGUCCUGGGAUCGAGCCCCACAUCGGGAUCCCUGCUCAGUGGGGAGCCUGCUUCUCCCUCUCCCACUCCCUCUGCUUGUGUUCCCUCUCUCGCUAUGUCUCUCUCUGUCAAAUAAAUCAAUAAAAUCUUUAAAAAAAAAUCUGUUUCAGUAAUAAGAAAUUACAGCUGUACAAUGAAUCCCUUGUAAUUAUAUAAUUAUCCAUAGGAUAUGUUGUAUUAAUGGUCCCAGGAGAUAAAGGUUACAGUUCAAUCAGUAAUGAAACCGUUGCUCCUGAAAUAAAACAGACAUACUCGAAAUACAUUUGAAUGUGGGGAUUUCAACAAAUAGUUCCCUGAACCAGAACCUUCCAUGUGAAAGAUGGCUGGGCAUUCAAUCUUGCUGGCUGCUGUCUCAGUCCAGUCGGCCUGUCAACAAAGUUAUUUUGCUUUGCAUGUAGGAAAGGCAAGAUUAAAAUACGAAGUCACACCUCUGGCAGUCUCUGGGUCACCAGAGUUUGAAAGAAUAUUUUGUGCACAACAAAACUGUGUGGAGUUUUACCCCAUAUUUCUGAUUACAUUGUGGAUGGCUGGAUGGUAUUUUAAUCAAGUUUUUGCUACUUGUCUGGGUCUGGUCUACUACAUACGUCGCCAGUAUUUCUGGGGAUAUUCAGAAGCAGCUAAAAAAAGGAUCACCGGUUUCCGGCUGAGUCUGGGGAGUCUGGCCUUGCUGACGGUCCUAGGCGUCCUGGGGAUUGCAAACAGCUUUCUGGAUGAAUACCUGGACCUCAAUGUCGCCAAGAAACGGAGACACUUCUAACGUUCCCCCCUCCCUUUGCCGAAAUGCUUGCAGAAGCUAUUUCCACCCUGAAGGUCAUGUGGGGUCAAUUGAUCAAUUCUUAAAAAGAAAAAAAAAAUACAUUUGAAUGUGUGGGGUUUUUUUUUUAAGAUUUUAUUUAUUUAUUUGAUAGAGACAGUGAGAGAGGAAACACAGUAGGGGGAGUAGGGGAGGGAGAAGCAGGCUCCCCGCCGAUCAGGGAGUCCGAUGCGGGGCUCGAUCCCAGGACUCCGGGAUCAGGACCUGAGCCAAAGACAGACCACCCAGGCGCCCCAUUGAAUUUGUAUCUUUCAAUAUAAGAUAUUUUACUAAUAUAUACCUGGGCAUGGGGUUUUGAAGACAGUUCCACAAAGAUGGUUAACGUGUUUGGUGGUCCUUCAACAAACUGGCACUCCUGAUCAUCAAUGCCAAAUCUGUAAGUUUUAACGAGCAUAGGCUUAAAACCUGCCACACUAGGUCCUGCCUUAGUACAGCCUCAGGAAGGAGAUCCAUUAACAGUGCAAGGUUAAGACCCACAACAAAUCUAGAAACAUGAGCACAACUACAGCUACCUGUAACCCAUGUUAACUGAAGUAGAGGCUUCUUACUCCAGAGAGCCCUGCCCAGGGACAGGAUACAUCACACCUGCAUCAGAGGAUGCUGCUCCACCAGGAUAGGUCUGUGCUCUAUCUGAUGACCCCGACGAAACCUAAGGUUUCCACUACCUGUAUCCCUAUGGGGGCAUCAAUUCAGUCUCACUGGGGACAUACUCUCCAGUAUCAGGGACUCUUUGGAAUAUAUAGGGAUGUCCUGUGUAGACUGUGUAGAAUUUGAAUAUGUUUCCCAUUCAGAGAAAGUGGAGUGAGUCAUCCAGGGUCCUCUCCUCCCUCCAUAGAAGAAAUCGCCUUCAUGGUCCAGGUGGGAGUCCCUCCUGUGGUUAAAGAACACUGAGCAGGUGUAGAGAUGCAAAUAGAUAGAAACUGAUUGUUUCCGUGGCAGUCGAGUCAUGAUCCAUAACAUCCAGAAAUUUUUAGAGCAAAUGGGUACAUUUUUGAAUUCAGGAUUGUGGAGUCAAUGGGAGGAAGCAGUGGUAUACCGGGGACUUGACUUCAGUUGAGUCAGUUCCCUCUCUGUGUUGUGGUGUGAGUUCUGGUGUCACCUUUGAUGGGUCAUCUGUGGACCAAAGAAUUCUUAGUAGCAGUAACAUUUAUUUUGCAUUCUUGUAAGAAUAAAAGCUUUCUAAUAUAAUUGCCCCCGAAAAUGCUAAGUGUUUAUGUUAAGUUGCUUUUUAUUUUAUUUUCUGAAAUAGGAAUGAGACUAAAUAGAUUAAAACAAUAUGAACUCUGGGUGUUGAAUUUCUCUGGGAAGGCUUAGGAAUGACAGGCCUAGACAUACCCCAGAAGCAGGGAGAUCAGAGCCUACAGCCAGCUCCCUCCCAAACCCAAACCAGAUCCACCCCCUUCUGAGGCUGUGUCCAGGUCUGGCCUGGCUCUGGAGUUCCUCCCUUCCCAGGACAGAUUGGAGAUCCGAUUCUGAGUGGCUGUUCCUUUCAUCUCUCCAGGGCUGGUGCUCACAAUUCCCAAAACCCAGAAUCCGAUAAAUGGGAGCAAAGGACUAAAUAUUUUAGCCUUCAUUUCUAUCAUUAAAUCGUGUGCUUUACCAGCCUUUCACCCAGAAUCCUGUUUUUCAUUCCUGCAGAUUGAGUAGUUGCUCAAGUAACAAAACAUAAAUCUAUGUAUACAUUAUGACAUGAUUAAAACAAUCUAGCUAAUUAACAUGCCCAUCACCUCAUAGUGUUAUGAUUUUUGAUUUCUGAUUUUUUAAUUAAUUUUUGUUGAGAAUAUUGAAGAUAUAUUCUCUUAGAAAAUAUCAAGUAUAAUAAUAGACACAGAAUUAUCUGUAUUCACCAUGCUGUACUUUAGAUCCCCAGAAUUUAUUCGUCUUGCAUAAAUAAAAUUUUGUACUAUUUGACCAACAUCUCCCACUUCUCCCUCAGCCAUGUCCUGAAAUUGCAGUUCUACUCUGCUUUUAGGAGUUCAACUUUAUUAGAUUCCAGAUAUAAUUGAGAUAAAGCAGUAUUUGCCAUUUUCUGCGGCUUAUUCCACUUACAAUAAGAUCCUCCAGGCUCACCUACUUUGUCUGAAAUGGAAGGAUGUCUGUCUUCUUUUUUUAAGACUGAAUGUUGCAUCCAUAUAUCUUAUGUAUUAUUGAUGAUACAUAAUAUAUUCUAUGAUAUAUGUAUUUUAUAUCUUAAAUAAUAUUAUAUAAUGCAUAUAUGUUAUAUUUUCUUUAACCACUCCUAGAAUGCAGGAAAACUACAGGGAGAUGACACUUUCUAUUUGCUAGAAUGACUAAAUUUGAGAAAAAAAUAAAUUGUUAACACCAAUGUGGAGGAAUUAAAAUGACCAUACGUUGCUGAUGAGUGUGGAUAAAGUACAGGAAAACUGGCAUUUACUUAUAAAGUCAAACAUUGUCUAUCCUAUAAUGUGAACACAAGAAUGAAAACUCUGUGAACCACUAAUCUACCUUUCUGUAUUUUUCCAUUCAUCCAUAUUUUGUUCCUAUUAUAUAAAAACUUUUUUUUUUUUUUUUUUUUUGCUGGGUACAGUAUACUUUAUUCUGGUAUAUGAUAAGGUAGGGCUCCCCCAGCCCCUCCCCUUCUUCAGGGGGUCUGAGAUGGUAAUUGGAGGUCAGGAGAUUCUCAGUGUGUUGGGGGAUGACUUGGGGCAAGGACUCCCCAGCCACUGAGGGCCUCUCUCUUCCUCUUGAUCUUGCUCAGGCUGGUGGUCCAGAGGGCUCUUAGUCCUUGGAGGCCACGUGGACCAUAAGGUUUGGCUACAGUUGCUAUAGCCAAAUUCGUUGUCAUACCAGGAAAUGAGCUUCACAAACUGGUCAUUGAGAGCAAUGCCAGCCCCAGAAUCAAAGGUAGAAGAAUGGGUGUCCCUGUGAACGUCACAGGAGACAACCUGGCCUUCAGUGUAGCUGAGGAUGCCCUUGAGAGGGCCAUCCAAUGCCUGCUUCACCACCUCCUUGAUGUCAUCAUAUUUGGCAGCUUUCUCCUGGUGGCAGGUCAGAUCCACAAAUAACACACUGAGGGUAGGGACACAGAAGGCCAUGCCAAUGAGCUUCCCAUUCAUCUCAGGGAUGUCCUUGCAGUGCUGGUAGAAUCAGGGAUAAUGUACUGGGCAACCCCUCAGCCAUCAUUCCACAAAUUCUCAGAGAGGCUGUCCAUGGUCAUCUGGGUAGCAGUGAUGGCAUGACGUGUGGUCAUGAGUCCCUCCAUGAUGCCAAAGUUGUCAUGAAUGACCUUGGCCAGAGGGGCCAAGCAGUUGGUGGUGCAGGAGGCAUUGCUGACAAUCUUGAGGGAGUUGUCAUAUUUCUCAUGGUUCAUGCUUAUCACAAACAUGGGGGCAUCAGCAGAAGGGACAGAGAUGAUGACCCACUUGGGUCCAACAUUCAAGUAAACCCCAGCCAUCUCCAUGGUGGUGAAGAUCCCGGUGGACUCAACAACAUACUCAGCACCAGCAUCACCCCUUUUGAUGUUGGUGGGAUCUCACUCCUGGAAGAUGGAGAUGGAGUUUCCAUUGAUUAUAAGUUUCCCAUUCUCAGCCUUGACUAUGCCGUGAAAUUUGCCACGGGUGGAGUCAUACUGAAUAUGUAGACCAUGUAGUUGAGAUCAAUAAAUGGGUUAUUGAUGGCUACAAUAUCCGCUUUGCCAGAUUUAAAAGAGCCCUGGUGACCAGGUGCUCAAUUGGCCAAAUGUGUUUACCCCAACCGUCACCAUCGUGUCUUGGGGAUGCGGCUUGCACUACCAGAAGACAUGGCUGUCUGCUGAUUGAGGGGGAGCAGAGAGCCACAAACUUUUUUUUUUAAUCGAUAGGGAAACAGGAGGCAAAGCAGAUAGGUGGGUCCCAGUAUGUACAUCUUUGUGGUUAUUAUAGGACAUCUAGUGCCCAGCUCGCAGGGUAUUAUGGGGAUGAAAUCAUAUAUGUGAAGUUGCCCACACAGUGCACCCCAUAACUUCCUUGUGAACAGAAAAUCAGUGCUCAAUCAACAUUGCAGUAAUCGAUAUAUACACGUUGUUUUCCAAAUAGAGACUUGCUUAGACAUCAGUGCAUUCAGUAGUCUUCUUUCUGUAAACUUUUUUUUUCUUUCUGUAUACUUUAAAGUGCUAUGUAAGAUGUGGUCCUUCAGGAUGGUGAUUGUAGUCUUUGCUGGGAACCCACAGUAAACUCACAACAGUGAAAAGUAAAUGAUAAACUCUUUCCUGGGAACUCCCCAGGAGUUGUUUGUGUUGACGUAGAUGGUGGGUGUGGGGGGCUCAGGUGCGCUGUGCCUGCAUUCUCUAGUGUCGCCACUAAA